UCGCCUGGAGCGGCGGAGUUGAGCCUGAAUGAAAGUGGCGCGCCUUCUCUGACGUUACUUGAUCCGGAGCGGCGGGGACCGAGACCCGGGCUGGUCUCUGGGUGUUUGGGGCCUUCAGUGCCCAGCCGGCCUCGGGGCGGCGGCGGCCGCGCGGCGGGUGUUGGUGGAGAGAGAGAGAGAGAGGGAGAGAGAGAGGAGCGGCUCUGCGUGGCCCCAGGACAUGGCCCACAACAAGAUCCCGCCUCGGUGGCUAAACUGUCCGCGCCGCGGGCAGCCGGUGGCAGGAAGAUUUUUACCUCUGAAGACAAUGUUAGGACCAAGAUAUGACAGUCAAGUUGCUGAAGAAAAUCGCUUCCAUCCCAGUAUGCUCUCAAAUUAUCUGAAGAGUUUGAAGGUUAAAAUGGGCUUGUUGGUGGAUCUGACAAAUACUUCAAGAUUCUAUGACAGAAAUGAUAUAGAAAAAGAAGGAAUCAAAUAUAUAAAACUUCAGUGUAAAGGACAUGGUGAAUGCCCUACUAUUGAGAAUACUGAGACAUUCAUUCGUCUGUGUGAGCGGUUUAAUGAAAGAAACCCACCUGAACUUAUAGGUGUUCAUUGUACUCAUGGUUUCAAUCGCACUGGUUUCCUCAUAUGUGCCUUUUUGGUGGAGAAGAUGGACUGGAGUAUUGAAGCAGCAGUUGCUACUUUUGCUCAAGCCAGACCACCAGGAAUUUAUAAGGGUGAUUAUUUGAAAGAACUUUUUCGUCGCUAUGGCGAUAUAGAGGAAGCACCACCCCCACCUCUGUUGCCAGAUUGGUGUUUUGAGGAUGAUGAAGAUGAAGAUGAAGAUGAAGAUGGAAAAAAAGAGUCAGAACCUGGGUCAAGUGCCUCCUUUGGCAAGAGGAGAAAAGAGCGGUUAAAACUGGGUGCUAUUUUCUUGGAAGGUGUAACUGUUAAAGGUGUUACUCAAGUAACGACACAACCAAAGUUAGGAGAGGUACAGCAGAAGUGUCAUCAGUUCUGUGGCUGGGAAGGGUCUGGAUUCCCUGGAGCACAGCCUGUUUCCAUGGACAAGCAAAAUAUUAAACUUUUGGAGCAAAAUCCAUAUAAAGUAAGCUGGAAAGCAGAUGGUACUCGGUAUAUGAUGUUGAUUGAUGGCACAAAUGAAGUCUUUAUGAUUGAUAGAGAUAAUUCAGUGUUUCAUGUCUCAAAUCUGGAAUUUCCAUUUCGUAAAGAUCACCGAAUACAUUUAUCAAAUACUCUCUUAGAUGGGGAAAUGAUUAUUGACAAAGUAAAUGGACAGGCUGUUCCUAGAUACUUGAUAUAUGACAUAGUUAAAUUCAAUGCACAGCCAGUUGGAGAUUGUGAUUUUAAUAUUCGUCUACAAUGUAUAGAACGUGAAAUAAUAAAUCCUCGCCAUGAGAAAAUGAAAAAUGGACUCAUUGACAAAACACAGGAACCAUUUAGUGUCAGAAAUAAGCCAUUUUUUGACAUUUAUACUUCAAGAAAGCUACUUGAAGGAAAUUUUGCCAAAGAAGUCAGCCAUGAAAUGGAUGGACUUAUUUUUCAGCCUAUUGGAAAAUAUAAACCUGGUCGAUGUGAUGACAUAUUAAAGUGGAAACCUCCAAGUCUGAAUUCUGUGGAUUUUCGCCUAAAGAUAACAAGAAUGGGAGGAGAAGGGUUACUUCCUCAGAAUGUUGGUCUUCUCUAUGUUGGAGGUUAUGAAAGACCCUUUGCACAAAUCAAGGUGACAAAAGACCUGAAACAGUAUGACAACAAAAUUAUAGAAUGCAAAUUUGAGAACAACAGCUGGGUCUUCAUGAGGCAGAGAACAGACAAAAGUUUUCCGAAUGCCUACAACACUGCCUUGGCUGUGUGCAACAGCAUCUCAAACCCUGUCACCAAGGAGAUGCUAUUCGAGUUCAUCGACCGAUGUGGAGCUGCGACUCAGGGACAGAAACGAAAGCAUCAUGUGGACCCUGACACGGAGCUCAUGCCCCCGCCACCUCCCAAAAGGCCACGCCCGUUCCCUUGAGGCCUGCCUUCAGCUGGGGCUGGAGGAAGAAGAGAGCCGAGGAGAGAUGCUGCUGCCUCACACCUGCAGCCAGAGAAUUUCACAGGCGUGUGUGGCUUAAUGUU